AUGCGCAAUCGCUCUCAUCCCUCCCGAUUCCACUUCACUCCCCAUCUUCUUCCCCUCCCUCUCUCCCGCGCAUCCCCCCCUUCUUUCCGCCUGCCAGCACCCGCACGCCCUCGCCCUCGUGGCGGCGUGCGCGCUCUCAGGGGGCAGCCCGCCGCCCUGUACGUCCUCCACGCCUUCGCCCUCCGCGCCCGCACCGCUGCACCCUCUGCUCUCGCUGCUCCCACUGCUCCCACCAGCUCGCAGAAGAGAGAUCCUGCAGCGGCAGCUGCAACAGCAAGAGUGGCGCAGGCGGUCGCGAGGCAGGGGAUUGAACGGGCAGUGCUGGGGGAGGUAGUGGCGGAUGGGCACGUGUGCCGCAGACUGCACUGCCUCGCUGCGAGGCUGCAGGCUGCUGCUCCUGCUGCUGGCGACGCAGCAGCUGCGGAAUGGGGCGUGCCACGUGUGCCUGCUGACGUGGAAUGCCAGCUGGCAAGUGUGCUGUGCCCGUUGGCUGCGUGCAGGAUGGUGCAGCAGGCGGCAGAUGCAGGCAGUGCAGGUGGUAACGCAUGUGGCGACGCUGCUGGCGGUGUUGUUGGCAGCGAUGGGGAGGAGGGUUCGGACUGGGAUUCAGAGAGUGGGGAAGUGUGGAUGGGGUGGACGGCGGGGAGGAGUGACGACGACGAGAGUGAAGGGGGCGAGGAAGGGGGAGAGCGUGCAGAGAGUGCAUUGCUUAAGAGCAGCAGUCAACACCCCCUUCCCCCUCCUCAACACCCGCAUGAUCAUGCCACUCCCAGGUCUCAGCGUGAAGAACCAAAGAUAGAGGGUCUCGCAGUGGGAGCUGGAGGGGCCGGUGCAGAGGGAGAUGACGCGGUUCUGAGGGGUUUUGGGAGGGCGCUAUCGCUGGUUCUCGCUCAGUACGAGGCCGGGGUUGCCCAGCUCGCCCGUGCAUGCAUCGCCUCUCUUUCUGCCUCAUCUCCAACAGCAGCAACAGAUUGUUCCAGCCCUGCACGCUCACAAGCAGGCACUCCAGCCGGUCCGUCAGAUGCUGUGCUUCUACUGGCCAUGCGGAGCAGGCGACUGAGGGCGCAGCUGAGGCGCCUGGUGAUGUUGCUGGGAUGGAUCCGAGAGCGAGGGAGACAGCAGGUGGUGAGAGGAAGGGGCACCCAUGGGAGACGGGGCGCUAAGGGGGAGGGAGACAGCAGGGGGAAAGAUGGAGGAUGCAUGGUCGGUGGUGUACCAGUGCCCUCAGAUGACCGUGCUGUUGCUGCCAGCGGUGGCAUUAGAGGCAUCAACCACCUGCUGCCCUUGUUCCUCCAUCCAGUGUCACGCCUCGUUGUAAGAACAGCACAGCAGCAGCACAUACUCCUCUCCGCCCCCGACCCCACCAUUCGCCAGCUCGCCUCCCGCCUCUCCUCCCUCCUCUCCGCCCUCCUCCUCCCCCACUCACACCCCUUCCUCUCUCUGCCAACCAAUGGAAAUAAGCCAAGUCACAUUCAAACAGCGCUCGCGUCUGAUUGGUCCAUCGAUUUCACCCUGGCAGGGGUGGCCCGAACCAGAGAGAUCGUCCAGCACCGACUUGCCAUUGCUGAGCUGCAGGCCUGCACCACCCACAGAGAAAUCGCGGGACAAGCAUUGGGGAGGGAGGAAGAGGAGCAGGAAGAGGGCACGGGGGAAAGGAGCAGGGAAGAGGGCAUGGGGAAAGGAGCAGGGAAGUGGGCAUGUGGGAGAGGAGCAGGGAAGAGGGCACGGGGGAAAGGAGCAAGGGAAGAGGGCAUGGGGGAAAGGAGCAGGGAAGUGGGCAUGUGGGAGAGGAGCAGGGAAGGGAGCAGAUCUGCUCUGGCUGUGGCUGGUCGCAUGACCCCUCCUGGCACGUGCCUGGUGAUGACGUGGCCGCAGAUGAUUGGCCCUGGAAGGGCACUCAUCCCCCUCCUCUUUCCAAUCUGCUUGCAAGCCGGCAUUGAACCAUUCUCUCGCUUGCCCUCCGCUCUUUCCCCUCGUUCCCCUUCUUAUCACCUCCCCCUCGACCACGCCUCCCCUCCCCCCCCACACCAGUCACGCACUGGUGAGCAGGGCAGCAGUGCAGGUGCUGUUCACAAUGGGGCGCUACCCGCGACCACUGCACCGCACUACACUGCCUCUUCCUCUCUCCCCACUCCGCCCUGCCCUCCGCCCUCCUGCACGCCCUCCAUGCCAUGGACUGGGCCAGCCUUCGCUCGCUACCAGAGCAGCAGCAACGCGCUCUCAUCCGCCCUGGACACGGCCAUCUCGCGAGCCUGCCUCUCCUCCCUCCCCCUCCUCCUCCCUCUCCCGCCUCCACACAUUCAUCUCGCCAUCCUCCCUCUCCUCCAUAACAUCUCUGCCGCCUCACCCACAUGUUACCAGGGGCUGGGCGCGUUUGACUUUGUGCGGGUGGGGUACGACCCUGGCUGGCCUGCCAGCGUGGUGAUUCCCCCCCAGCUGGUGCAGCAGUAUGCAGACGUGCUCACGGCGCUGAUCCGGCUGCAGCACGUGCAAAGGGCCGUUGAAAAUAUCACGCUUCAUGUCAAGCGUGCGUGCAUUGCAGCUGGUUUUGGGGCAUUCUGGAGGGCAGCCACACCCUUCCCGCCACUCACCGCUCCCUGUGUUCGCCCUCCUGCUCUCUUCCCCUCCUUCCCCCCUCCCAGCGUGCGUGCAGCACAGCUAGUGUCCUGCAUGCUCGCCUUCAUGAGCGCUCAGCUGCAGCGAGCAGCGCAGCAUGGGGACCAGAUACUGCUGCUGGGCACUCAGGCAGAACACAUGCCCUAUCUGGACCUAUUCUCAUUCCAGGAGGCGCAUGCACAGUUUCUGCUUUACUGCACAACCAGGUGUUUGUUGGAUGCUCGCAGUGCUGCCAUCAGGGAGCGACUAGACAGCCUGCUGCAGCUGGUGCUGGAUGUGCAUCGCAGCGUUGACUCUGCUCGCAUGGUCGCUCCUCUCUCUGAGUUUUUUCUCGACGACGAUGCUCCCAUCUGGGAGGAGGUGGAGGAGCACGAUCUCUUCAGGAUCAACCGUUCAAUUCUGGAGCACAUUGUGGCAGGGAUGCAACACUACCUUGAGCCGAUUGUGCAACGAUCCAUACUCACCAUGUACACUGCAGUGCUGAUCCCUAUCAAAUACCUGGCAUCUGGAAUAUCGUACGUAGACAUCUCGUACCUGUUCGGCAUCUCCAAAACUCUCUGCCACGAGGUGGUCGACGUGUUCCUCUCGCACUUCCCCUCCGUCUUCAAGGCCGCCUGGGUGCGGUUCCCCACCCGUGAAGAGCUUCCAGAGAUGGCGCGGGAGUUUGCAGCCGUCAAGGGUGUACCUGCUGUGGUGGGUGCUGUGGACGGCACUCACAUACACAUGAAGGGGAUGGAGGGGCACAGGACAGAAUACUGGACAACGAAAUCCGCAUAUGCUGUACAACUCCAGGUCACAUGUGACGCACGAGGGAGAAUAUGGGACUACCUUAUCGGGUAUCCCGGUAGCGCUCACGACAUGCUUGUUUUCAAGGAGUCUGCAUUACUUGAGCGGUUACAGAACGGGGACAUAGCCCCAUACCAGAUCGUUGGCGAUGCGGCCUACCCACUACGGGAGUACUGCCUAACACCCCUGCAUGCCCCACGAGGAGAGGACCUCAUGGACGACUGGGCACAAACUUUCAACUACUGCCAAAGCGCCACACGCAUGGCCGUCGAGAGAUGCAUUGGCGCGUUCAAGGGGAGAUGGCGCAUCUUCGGCCAGCGCAACGACUGCAGGCUGUGGCGCUUACUCGCCGGGGCCAGCGUACAAAGCUGCUUACCCCACAAGCUAGACCGGUUGGAUAUGGCUCUACGGUCUAGUGACCAUGCAUCUUAUGCUCACACAGAGCUGGACCGCAGGUUGGAGGCAGCCCUACGGUCCGGUGACCACACAGCAGCGCUGCGGGUGAACGAGGCGAUUAUCAGAAGGGAGAGCGCGCGCCGGCAGAGACAGGCAGAAUGGCACAUGCAGCUUGCAGCGAGCUUGCAGGAGCAGGAAUCGGCGCGGCGCAAGAAACGGCAGCGGCUGAAUUGGGGGAUGGAUGUGCUGCGCAAGUCAGAAGGGAAGGGCAACAUUCGACUCAAAAGUCAACUCGUCCGCGCCUUCACGGAGUUGACUUUUGAGUCCGCGCCUUCACGGAGUCAACUCGUCCGCGCCUUCACGGAGCUCGCACCCUCCAUCCAAUAUCCCGUCCCCAUCUCCCCACCUUCUCCCCUUUUCCCCCGCCUCUCCCGCCUCAACCCCAUUCCACUUUCCUCCCCUUCCCCCACCUUCUUCCCCCACCCCCCCCCCCUCUCCCCGCGCUCCGCCUUCCCCCGACCUCCAGGGGACGUGGUGAGUUGCGGCGUGGACCGCGCGUUCACGGAGCUGGCGGAGUUGGAUAAGUCGCCCGGGAGCGACGGGCGGCAGGUGAUCAACGUGCCCGAGCUCUACACCGGCAUCCUCAUUGUCUACGACAAAGUGAACCAGCUGGUGCCGGGGAUGCACAUCAAACCGCCCUCCAAGAAGCAAGUUCUUCAGCUCGUGCAGGAUUACGACAUCAACCACGACGGCGUGUUGGACAGGGAGGAGUUUGGCAAGCUCGUGCGACACUUCGCACGCACUGUCGUGGCGCGAGUGCUGAUCAACGUCCUUCUCAUCUUCUCUCUCGUUCCCUUGGUGGUGUCGAUUGCUAGCAACCUGGCGGAAACGUUUGGAUGGGAACUACCUGAAGCGAUCGCUGCAACUGUGCUCACGUUGCUCGUAAAAAUGGUUGGAGUGUGA